GCUUCGAGGGGCUUAGCCUCCACUGCUGUCACUGUUCGUGUCCAUCACGAGAUUGUUCUUUCGCCCUUCGCCAUCGUCCGGGAUCGGCGUCUUGAAGCUGCUUUCUUUUUUUACCCCUUGCUAAUGUUGGCGAAUUCUGCCAUUCCCAGGGGAAACCAUUGCUUCUCGCGACCCUUUUAGACCUUUGCGUUGGCUGCAUUCAGUAGUUUUGUGGAAGACCCGAGUGGUUUGGUGCAGAGGAAGGUUCUGUUGUAGGAAGGAGAAGGAGGUUGGACUUGUGUGUUGGCUGCUUGUGAAGGAGGUUUUAGGUGUCCUGGUUGAUUGAUUGAAUGAUAGACCAGCAGGGAGUGUUGGCUGGAGGAGUUGAUGAAUGUUGGAAGUUCCUCACGUGGAGUUUAGGAGUUGAUUAAUUGAUUGUCCGAGGUGGUCGUAGAGGAAGUGCUGGCUUGGGAAAAAGUUGCGGAGGAGAGCAAGUUGCGCGUGUUCUUCUUGGCCGCGGCUUGCAUUGUAGUUCGGCUUCGGUUUUGGAAUAAAUUUUGAGCCGAUUCGUGAUUACGCUUAUGCUGCAGCUGUUGCUGAGUCUGGAUUUAAUCCCUCAUUGGAAGAUAGAUUGUUGGUUUCUACACAAUCGAUUAGGUGAAUCGAGUUCUUGCGGCUUUUUAGUUCCCCGUAGCUCUGGAGAUGACCGGAUUUAUUCUAAGGAAUCAGAUUAAUUCCCUUGCAGAAUGUUAGACUAAGGGAGUUUGUUUCCCAGAAGCAAAUCUUUCUGUUUCGAAGAGCUUUGUAAGCAAUACUAGUUGCGCAUUAGUCUUGUGUUAAGUUGGGGGAAGUGUGCUGCUCUGCAGAAGCACCAUUGUUUAGAGCGGUUUUUCUCUGUCUAGAGCAUCGGGGUAUGGAGCGGUGUCGCCUUUUCUGGUUGUAGAAGAUGCGAAUGCCGGAACACUGUGUUAGGCUUACAUUGCACGAGGCUGAUUUGAUUUUCAGAAUUUUGAAGACGGGGAUGCAAUUAAUUUAUUGGAGCUGGAGACGGAACGUAGCGCAUAUAGUUGCAUCUGCCCUGGUUUGGUCUACGUGAGCAUCCGAAGUUCGAUAAAACUUGUCAAAAAGUAGACUGAAGAGAGCAGGGGGAAUCCAUGGUUGGUUCAGCCUUGCCAAGGGGCACUAGUUGUGAGAGUUUGACAAAUGACGAAUACCAUGGGGAGAAACCUCGCUGGCAAGCCCAACCGCGAGGCACUCUUCAACAUGGUUCGCAUCCACGGCAACACCAGACGAAGCACUAUUCUGGAGGAGAUUCAGGGAAGCGGAAUGGCCAGAGAGCCGCAAAAUGUUCAAACCAUGGAGUAGGAGGGACGCCUGACGUGACUGGUAGAAUCAAUGUACCGUCUGUGGCCUGUUCCUCUGGCCGUUCCUUCCCCCUAUCGAAUCUAGACCGCUUCCUCGAGGAGACAACUCCUUGUGUGAAGGUUCUAACUCUUCCCAAGUCUCGACUCAGGGAUCCUUCAAAUCGGUGGUUCAAUCCCGAAGAGACACCUUACUUCAACCUGGGAGAUUUAUGGGAUUCUUUCGAUGAAUGGAGCGCGUAUGGGGCUGGUGUGCCUUUGACGUUGAAUGGUGACGAGAGCGUGGUACAGUAUUAUGUGCCUUAUUUGUCGGCCCUUCAGCUGUAUACGGUGCCGUCUCGGCGACCAGAUCGGCCUGCUGGAUACAGGCAUCCAGGGUCAGAAAGUGAUACUUGUAGCGAAGCCAGCAGUGAUGGAGAAGGGGAAAAAUCUUCCCAUAGUUACGACGUUGCCGAGAGCUCGUCACUCAACUUAGGAAACAGCUCUAGACUAGUAGCUUCAACAUAUAUCAGUGAUAAUGAUGAAGUAAUGGUGUGGUCUUUCUUUGAGAAGAGUCAGCCUUAUAGUCGAGUGCCACUCGUGAAUAAGAUCGCUGACCUGUCAAGAGGCUUUUCCAAGCCUGAGAACAAUCCUCUGCGCACACUGCGAAGUUUAGACCUACUGCCGAAAAGCUGGCUUUCAGUAGCUUGGUAUCCUAUCUACCGGAUACCUACAGGACCCACUCUACGAGAUCUCUCUGCUUGCUUCCUCACAUUCCAUCCUCUAUCAACAUCAUUGAAAGUUGGAGCAGAGGGUUCUUUGAGGCAAGGUAGUCGCGGCGAUGAGUGCAUAACACCAUCGAGGUGUCCUCUGGACGCUAAGCCACUUCGAGCAUUUGGGCUUGCUUCUUACAAGCUCAGAGGCGCCGUUUGGUCUUCCAAUCCAGAAAAGCGCCUAGCUACAACUUUACAACAUGUUGCAGAUGAGCAUCUCAAGGAUUUGUGCGUGGAUCAUCCGGACUUCAAUUAUUUCACUUCCCGCACGUCUCCGACCAGUCUCUGAGUUGUAAGUUGCAACAGUGGGUUGUAACAUCACUCUGUAUGUAUGUCCUUUCAUCACCUUGGUCAAGUAAUGACUCAUCGAGAACAGUGACUGAUGCAAUCUCCCGAACAAUUCGCCAGAGAUAAAGAGCCAGCUUUUGCUAAUUCGAGUUGCGCGUUCUUUGCUGGCAUUUUGAACAGGCCAGUCUAGCGGUAGUUUCAGCUCUGUCGUCGAUCUGAGACCGAAAAAGUAAAAAUGAGAAAAUCCGAAAAUUGAGAUUUGGUGGAUGCAUUGCAUUCGAGCCUUGUAGAGUAAAACGUGGAGGCAAAGUUUUUUUUUUUUUUUUUUUUUUUUUUUUUUUUUGGUUUGGAGCGACACCAUAAACUUUGCUAGAGGCACUACUCAAGGAAAUCAGUACCAACUUUUGGGUGCUAUCGAUGACACCUAAUUUUGCUUAGUCAUAGCUGAAGUGACUGUCUGCAACAUGGAGAAGAGAAUAUGUUCACAACUGUUGUGCUCUUCACUGGUGUAGUAUUUGUUGAUAGGCUUUUGGUUUGGUUGAUUGCAUCGUCAGACGAAAGUACAGUUGAACCCCUUUUUCAUUGCCAACCACCAGACGUUUUGGCACCUUCAUAAUUUCGUUUCUAUGGUGUAAAUGUUGGAACAAUACAAGUAUUUGAGUUAUCGACAAAUUCAUUUCCUUGGACGUCUUA